AUGGUCGAAAAUGGAUUGAAGAGCGAACAGUCCGUCACUGGCGGCCAGUCUAUCUGGGAAAGUGACGAUGCCCAUAUUAAACGAAUGGGAAAGAAGCCGGUUCUCAAGCGAAACUUUGGCACCUUCUCUAUCUUCGGCCUCAGUUGUACAAUUCUGGGUACUUGGGAGUGCUUGCUUGGUGCCUUUAUACGGCCUCUGCAGAAUGGUGGCUCCGGUGGUACGGUCUAUGCUUUCAUCUUCUGUUGGCUCGGCACCAUAGCCAUAUUUGUGGUGUUAGCCGAACUAGUUUCAAUGGCUCCCACGGCCGGGGGACAAUAUCACUGGGCGGCCAUGCUUGCUCCACAACGGUACCAAAAGUUUCUUAGCUAUAUCACAGGUUGGAUGACAGUAAUUGGCUGGCAAACUGGCCUCGCAUCCCUUGCCUUCUUGACUGGGACGACAAUCCAAGGCGCUGCUAUCCUAGGAAACGUUGACUUUGAAUCACCACCUUGGCAGGGUACAUUGCUUGUCUGGGCCUCCCUAACCUGUGCCUUGAUCGCGAAUCUAACCGGGGGCAGAAUGCUGCCUCGCAUCGAGACAGUCGUUUUGUUUAUACAUAUCCUGGGAUUCCUUGGCAUAAUGAUUCCUUUGACGUAUAUGUCAGAUCACAAGUCACACGAAAUGUUUUUACAGUUCCUGAACUACGGGGAGUUUAGCUCGCAGGGGCUAGCCUGGUGCAUAGGGAUGAGUAGCUGCGCGUUUGUUUUUGCCGGAGGCGAUGCAGCGGUGCAUAUGUCCGAAGAGGUUGUGAAUGCGUCCCGUGUCAUCCCUCGGGUUCUUAUACUUGGGGUUAUAACAAACGGUUGCCUCGGCUUUGGGAUGCUGCUAGCUGUCCUUUUCUGCGCUGGUGAUCUCCAAGACGCAUUAGACUCACCAACUGGAUAUCCGUUUAUGGAGAUCUUCUACCAAGCUACUAGGUCCCGGGCAGGUUCACUCGCUAUGUGUUCUAUCAUCAUUAUAAACUUCUCCUGCUCGCUUAUAGGUAUGCUGGCUGCGACUUCUCGCCAGCUGUGGUCGUUUUCCCGGGAUAGGGGACUUCCGGGGUGGCGUUGGUGGAGCCAAGUUUCUCCAUCCUUCAAGCUGCCUAUCCACUCUAUCAUACUUACAGUACUGGUCAGUAUGUUGCUGGCACUUAUCAACAUCGGUUCUCCCGUUGCCCUUGAUGACAUUCUUUCAAUGGCUGUGUCUUCGAUCUAUCUAUCAUAUCUUGUGAUUUCGAUCCUCCUUCUCUAUCGCCGAAUCAAAGGCGACAUUUCUGAAUACAAUGAUAGCGAAGACGCCAUUGUUAACGUCCCCGGUGCGCAGCUAGUCUGGGGACCAUUUCAUUGCAGCGGAAUCUGGGGUACUCUCAUCAACGCAUUUGCGACUUUUUAUAUCCUUCUCGUUGUGUUUUUUAGCUUCUGGCCCUCGAAAAUGAACCCAGGCGUGGAAGGAAUGAACUGGAGCAUCCUGGGUGUCGGUGGGAGCAGCAUCAUCGGUGUUAUCUACUACUUUGUACGGGCCCGCAGAAUAUACACUGGACCUAUUAGAGAGGUCUCAGUGGAAACAACAGCUAGUGUGGACUAA